AUGCCAACCAGUGUAGAUCAGAGCCUAUUCAUCCAGGGUCUUGUCCAAAAGUACCUGGGUCUAACUGCUCUGUCACCACCUGCAUUAGAAACCGAAUCCGCUUCUCGUUUCGGUUCAGCUAAUCGGCACCUCGGUCUUGCCAGAGAGCCACCUCGUUGUCGAGGCUCGCAGGAGACCAGCUCAAGUUCCGACGUUACCCGUUACGGUGCCUUAAAUCCGAAUAAUUUGAGCCUUGCCACAUGUCGAUAUUUGGAAAAAUAUCGCCUCCUAGACGAAGCAGAUACUGGUCCCUCGAUUUCCAAAAACCCUGCACCUCGUCGGCCCCGGCAUAAAAUAUUGGGGUCUGUAUCUCAACAAAGAUCUUGCAAAAACAGCACUCCGGCCUGCGGGCCAAGCCAUACGUCUUCGAGUGAGACUGAGUGUAUGCCAGAGGCCGGGUGGAAGCUGCGUCCAGGUGCUGCAAGCCUCACUGGUCCUUCACCCUCAUUCUUCAUUGGUUCUCCAGACUCCUCCUCUGCACCAUCAUCAACAGCUUCUCUCAACUCGACUUCAUCUUCGCUCUCUUCUCGCUUAUUCUUCGUUCCUUCAUCAAAAGCAUCAACCAUCAGAGGUCCUGGACUCCGCGAGGAGACGGAUUCUACUCUCUACGGAGAGCUGGAUGAACUAUCCGGCCUCGAGGGCAGUCUACCUUCCUCAUCCCAGCCCGCCUGGCCAGCCGUCGGCUUGGCCUCGGAGCUAGGUUCCCCGGUGCUAAAUGGUCUCUGCUUGGAGGCACCGCCUUUUCCUUGUCUGGAAGAGACCCUGCUAGGACAGACCAACCAUGAGAACGUCGUUAUUGGCGAAGAAAAUGCUGACGGCGUCCGUGCCGCUUCAAAGGUCAUUACUACUACACACAGUGAACCCGUAAUUGAGUACCGACUUCGGAAUUCUAAUAAUGAAUAUGCAGUAUCCGCCUCUCAAGAGGACAGCACACGACCUAUUCUCGACCUCGCUCUCCUCCGCCAGUUGCCAAAGCUCCUGUGA